UUUCUGUGUGUGCAUUGGAAAAUAAUAAAUAAUCCGCUAGUUUACGGCUAUUAGUUUAAGUUAAAAUUGUGAAUAUUAGCUUUAUUGUGUGUCAAUUCUAGUCACUCGGCUUAACAAACUGUCCACGUCACGUUCUCAAGUGUAGUUAAGCAGUGAGAACAGUAGAAACGUAAGCAGAUAUUUUUUCCCUUAUUUGGCUGUUAGUUUUAGCAAAGCAAUGGAAGAAUAUCAAACCAAGUACAACUUAAUCGAUGACAAACCUCCACACAAUGUUCCCCUCAAGGCCCAGUACAAGCAGGGCUUCGCGUAUUACACGAUGAAGGAGCGCCUGCCGGUCAUCCUGACUCAGGUGAUUGAUCAGCUGUCCAAGGACAAGGAAGAAGUCGUGCAGCACUUCGGUGAGGACGCCCGCGAAGAGCUGAAGCAAGCGAUCGGUGAAAUCUCUAAACUCAAGUAUGAACUGCAGACGGAUAAGGAAUUUAGACCGAUUGCCAGCGAGCUUGGAGAUGACCAGGUGUGGAACGAUUUCAUCGGGUCCCUUGGAGAUGAUAACACCUACUAUUCGGCGUGCUGGCUAUAUGCGGAGACCUACAUGUACAGGCGGUUGCAUAAUAUCUUCGAGAGCACAACCACGUUGAAAAAGCUGGAUUACUUCCAACAGCAGAAGCACAAGGCUCUAACGAAUUCCUACGAUGCUAUGGGUGCCGUGCUGCAAUCGAUCGAACACUUCAACCAGGACAAGGCUAGCAAAAGUGAAGAGGAAAUUGGAGAUUUUUUCCGCAAAAUGUUGAAGCUGAAUCUGUGGGGUAAUCGGUGCGAUCUCUCCAUCACGGCCGGCCAGGACGUCAAGCAGGACGGCGAUCCAUUCAGUUUACUGGAAUCCUGCGACAAUUACAUCAUAAGCGAUCACACCGUAGAGGUGUGGAACCACGUGCGGCAGGCAAAAGCCAACGGCUCGGCAGUGAUCGACAUCAUCAACGACAACUCCGGCUACGAACUGUUCACCGAUCUCUGCCUGGCCGACUUCAUCAUCGAGCACCAGCUGGCGGCCCGGGUAAAUUUCAACGUAAAAGCCAUACCGUGGUACAUCUCAGAUGUUACGCCCAAGGACAUGCGGUGGACCUUGAACACGUUGAUGGCUCAUCCAAACCCACUCUUGUCAGCAUUUGGCAAGCGAUUGCAAGCCCAUUUCGACGCCGGGACGCUGCAGCUGAAAGAGGUGGACAACUUUUGGACGUCUCCAUACGAAUUCCAUCGCCUAGAGAACAUCAACCCAAAACUGUACCAAGAACUGUCGGAAGCACAUCUGCUGAUAUUCAAGGGCGACCUCAACUACCGGAAACUGUUGGGUGACUUUAACUUUCCCUACACGACACCGUUUCGGGAAGCGCUACGAGGCUUCCUUCCCACCAGCUUGUGCACGCUGCGAACCGUGAAGGCGGAUUUGAUCUGCGGGAUAGCGGAAGGGCUUUCGGACGAACUGGACGCUAAAGACGAGCGGUGGAUGGUGACCGGCGAGUAUGGCGUGAUCCAGUUUGCUCCCAAAAAGUGAGACUCCGCGGGGGGAAUUGGUUUGAAGAACUUGUAGUGCUUUUAUAUUUUGAUUCGUUUGAAAAUCCUGUUUUCAAAAUUCUAUAACAAAUUUAAAUUUUUCUGAAUAUAUGUCUGUCUCUCUUUUUGUAUUAUUGGUGUACCUAUGCCAAAUUUUGAAUGUCAAAGUUUUGUGUGCUUUUUAGUGCGCAAAUAAAUUACUAAUAAAUAUUAGGUAGCUUUCAAAAUAAUUUGAACCAUUUAGGCAACGAGUGAGACGAGAAAGCAUUAAUCUA